GUUUCAGCCAGUCUGUCUGCCCUCUAGCGUAGUACUCUCCUUUCACUCACCGCUAUUCAUCACCAUCCAGGAUACAUUUACACAAACCCACGCAGGUAGACAGAGCAUUGUCCCAGUGGACUGAAGAGUUUGGCUGAUAGAUAACAGAUAUAUUUACAUUACCCUGGAAAGAAUUAGAAAGUGGGGAUCUGUAGCAUUGCAGUUGAAGCUGAAGUUUGCUCCCCACUACGUUUUUUUUUUUUUUUUUGUCCUAAAGGAUAUCACACACAGCUGCAGAGGCUGCCAGCUCCAACUGUAGCAAACACAAGUCGAUGACUGAGAACUCUGUGUCCCAUGAUGGACAAGAAAAGUGCCAACGGCUUUCAGACCAACGCCAGUGAGGGCGGUGUUCAGAGGAAGCAGCUGCCCUACUCAGUGGAAACUCCCUAUGGCUUCCACCUGGACCUUGACUUCCUCAAGUAUGUUGACGAUAUUGAAAAAGGCAAUACCAUCAAAAGGGUCCACAUUCAGCGAAGAGUCAAGGGACCGCCAAAAUUCAGCACUCUGCCCAGAAAUUUUAGCCUUCCUGGGCAUGGGGUUAGGCCGGUACCCAAGGAAAAGGACAGCACAUGGUCUGGGACGUCCACCCUGGGGCCCAAGCCGAAAUCACGGGUGACAGAAGUCCAACAGAUCUUCGACUUUAAGGCAAGUGAAGGGGGAACUCCGAGCCAAAGCAGCAGGGGUACAACCGGUCAAGUAGCUGGCUACGUUUCAGCCAAGCCCAGAGAGGAAGUAGGAGCUGGAGCUCGGGAUGUUGAAGACAAAAAUGUGGAGAAUCAAAGCCGUCCGAAUCUGCUACGAGCAUCAAGCAUGCCCAUCACCCUACAGCAACGGAAAGGUUCUGAUUCAAGCAGUCCAGACCGUGUUGUGGGAACACCAGAGAGUGGAUCAACAGAGAAUGUGUUCCGUGCUUCACCGGACAUCACAGAGAGACGGUGUGUUCCCCAGGAUCGGACGGGGCUUCACCAACAGAUUACUGUGGCACUCAAGCGAGUCAGAGAGCUGGAAGAGCAGGUCAAAACCAUCCCAGAACUAAAGGCUCAGAUCUGCUCACUGAGGGAGGAGAGAGAGAGGCUCCUGCUUCAGCUCCAAGCCCAAGCCAAAGCUCAAGCCCAGGUUUCCACAUCCUCCUCUACAACAGCAACACAUUCUGACUCUGGGACACGUGUUCAGCCACAAGGACACAGACCCACAGAAGGGCUCAACUUAGCUCUGAUGACUCAACCCACUGGAGGUUUAGAAGCUUCAGAGCGUGUGCCAACAAAGCCAGUAACAGAGAAAGGGAGACAAAGUGUUACAGAGAAAAGUAAAGUGUUACAAAAAGAGAGCGGGUUGUCAGAGCAAGAAUCGGAGAGACAUGCGCAGCUGUCAGAAAAAUCAGACAAACAAAAAGAGAGUCCACUGGAGCAUGCAGUGAGAAAACUAUCACAGGACAUUGCAGGGCAGGAAUUAACAUCACUUAGGGUGGCUAUAAAAGACGCAGAGACAAGCAGUAUUCAAGAUGGUGAUGCAGCAAAAGGCGGAAAAGUUGAGGACCCAGACAGUAUGCAGAAUCUGCAGGAGAAGCUAAUGAUACUGGAGGCUAAACUUACUCAGGCUAAACAAGACUUGGAGAGAACAAAUACUCUUUUGAAAGAGCAAAUAAAUGAGAACAAGGUAAAAGAGGAAAAAAUACUACAACUGAGUGACGGAAUGAGAGUGGAGGUGUGUUCUCCAGAGGCACACAGCAGGCCAAGAAGAGAGAGUAUUGACACAGGGACAGAGACAGAAAAAGUAGAUUUUGCCAAUCAGGAGACAGAGACAGAAUCGCCUGGUACAGUAGAUCAGGGAACCGAUACAGAUAGAAUCUGUAUUGAGGUGUGCGUACCCAAACCAAUGGCUGGAAGUUCAGAUCAAGGCACAGAGGCUAAUGAAGUUGACACAUAUGGACAGGUGACAGAGACGGGAGCAGAGGUAGCUGCUGUGAGCCCACCAAGACCCAGAGCCAACAGCAUGGAACGGGGCACAGUAACUGAGAGGAUCGCCACUCAAGAUCAGAUGACCGAGACGCCCCUAGCAGAAAGGGUAAACCAAGUCACAGAAACAGAGGGAGAAACAGUAACAGAUCAUCCACAGAGACCGAGGGCAAGCAGUGUAGAACGGGGCACAGUGACAGAGAGAGUGGACACUGUGGACAGGGUGACAGAGACAUUGGAAGCACAGAGGACAGACCAGCAGACUGAGACAGAUGUAGAAAGACGACAAGAAAGCAAUCCAGCCAGAGGAGCAGAAGAAGAGAGUGAAAUGAGAGAAAGUGUGGACAGUGAAAGAGUAGAGGAUGUAAGUACUGUGGUCUGUGAAAGAGUGGAAGAUAAGGAAGCAAAUGAAAGCAUUCAAAGACAUAGUGAAGACAGUGGAAGUGUGAAAGUUGUCACACAGGGUACAAUUACAGAGAGCAGAGCUGAUCAAACUGUAGUUCUGGAUAUUGUAAGUCAGGGUGAAGGCCGUAUCAGUCCACUUGCUGCAGCAGAAGAAAGCACAGAAUCGAAGCUUGAAAUGGUUACAGCACAGAAAGACUCUGAAAAAAAAGAAACGAAACCCCCAAAAAGUGAAGUAACAGAAAUUGUUGAAACCCAGCAGAUUGCAGUUGAGACUGUGGAGAAAAAACAAAAAGCAGAAGAUGAGACUGUGUGUGCAGCAAUCAAAGAAACUGUGGUCACUGACACGGUUGUAGUAACAGCAGCAGCAGAUAACACAACUAUGAAGACAGUAGCUCCUGUGCGACCCCAGAGAGGCCGAAAGCUCUCAGCAGAGCAGGCGCAGCCAUCACCUUCUCAGCUUCAGACUGCACCUGUGCGUCCUCGUAGGGGAUCCAGUGAAACUCAAGCCCAGCAGCCCCAGGUGCAGGGUCCACCUGUACCUGCAUCUUUUGAGGCCCAAACUCCAACACCUCUCUCUGAACCACAGACAAAACAGCAAGCUCCAUCUCUUUCUCAGGUUGAGGACGACACCCUAGCAAAGAGGCCUCCUGGAGAGUCUAGUGAGAAACAGUCUCAAUCACAACCUCAGACUGGGACUCAGGGCCCGCCUCCAGGCUCCAGAGAGGUCCAAGCCCGUCCCAAAACUAUUCAAGCGCAGUCUCGUUCUCAAAGCACUGCAACUCGGCGGGACUCCAAAGAGCUUAAAGCAUCACAGAGAGGAUCCAGUGUAUCACAACCUCCUAGUCGUGGAUCAGGAGAAGUCCAGACCCGCCCAACUCGUCAGGGGUCAAGCGACACCCAACCUCAGUCUCAGGGCUCUCGUAGAAGUUCCAGUGAGACUCAACCCCCUCACAAGGAUGCCAGCGAGACACAAUCACUGCGUAGAGGCUCCAGUGAAACAGCCCAGCGCCGUGGUUCAAAUGAAGCCCAGGCCUCACGGCGGGGCGCUGGUGAGGCUCAGCCUUCUCGCAGAGGCUCCGGUGAAACAGCCCAACGUCGUGAUUCAAGCGAAGCCCAGACCUCGCGCCGAGGCUCUAGUGAAGCCCAGGCCUCUCGUCGAGGCUCCAGUGAGUCACCAACAUCGCCUGCGGCUUUGGGACAAGUCGUAACACGGUUAACAGGGCUUUUGGGCGAGCAGUGGGCGCAGCUGGGGAGCAGCUCUGGAACUCAACAGACGGCCAGCCAGCAGGAAAGCCCCAACACACAGAAACAGACGGCAGGGAAAAGAGCAGAGGCAGGGAAAGGAGCAUCAGCCAAGCCUGCGGGGAAGGCAGUCCCCGCAGCAACGACAGGGAAACCAGCAGGGAAGCCUGGUCCUUCCAAAAUGAGCACUAUUCAAAGUCAACUGGUCAGCUCCCUCAGUGUCCUCUCUGCCUUCUACUCACCAGGCCAGAAAGCAGCUGCCGCCAGCAAACAGCAAGAACAAGGUCUCAAAUCUAUUAUGAAGAAAAAUGGCGUUGCUGACAAGCAGGGGAACAAGGGAGCCAAGAAAAACCUCAAGUUUGUUGGGGUGAACGGAGGCUAUGAGACGACAUCCAGCGAGGAGUCCAGUGGAGAUGAGAAGUCAAAGGUGGAAGUGGAGGAGGAGGACAGCUCAGAACCAGAGGUAGAGAAGGAGAAGGAGACGGAGCCUCAGCCGACAGAGAAGCCUGAGGAGGAAACGGAGAGUCAGCAGAAGGAUGCAGAGGUCGCAGCUGAGGGAGGAGGUGCUGUGGCUGCAGAGAAGGAGGGCGAAAGAGGCUUGCUGGAUCCAGAGGGCACCCAGGAGCUCCCAGAACAAGAGGCUGAAGGGGAGAAAGUUGACCAGGGGUUUAUAGAUGCCUGCCUCUACGUAAAAGACCGCAUGGAGGAAGUUUCUUCUCCAGAUAAAGAAAUGCGUCAGGUUUUAGUGGUGCUCUACCAGGAGUGGUUCAAGAUCUCCAGUCAGAAAGACUCUCAGGCCGAUACCGUCAGAUUAUACCUGCGACAAGUGGGCUUGACCACACCCACUCUCCUGCCAUAUGUAGUUAACUUGACCGACGGCAAUGGAAACAUGGCCCUCCACUACAGUGUGUCACAUUCAAACUUCCCUGUGGUCAAACUGCUGCUUGAUACUGGUCUAUGUGAGACAGACAAUGUGAACAAAGCAGGCUAUACUCCAGUGAUGCUCGCUGCACUGACGGCUGCUGAGAGCCCUGAUGAACUGGAGGUGGCACAACAACUGUUGAGACUGGGUGACGUCAAUGCGUGCUCCAGACAGGCGGGCCAGACGGCACUCAUGCUUGCGGUGAGCCAUGGCCGCGUUGCCAUGGUGAAGCUGCUCCUAGGCUGCGGUACGGAUGUAAAUGCCCAGGACCGCGAGGGCUCCACGGCCCUGAUGUGCGCCUGCGAACACGGACACACGAACAUUGCUCGUAUGCUGCUGGAGACGGGACGCUGUGACACCAGCCUCACAGAUAAGAAUGGACAGACAGCGCUGUCGGUGGCAGAGGCAGCCUCCCACCAAGAAAUAGUUGACCUUCUGAAGGCCCACGCUGAGACCCAAGCCUCUGAGCCCUCGUCUAUAUCAGACCUCCUCUGAGCCAGAUCGACCGUGUUUACUGCUUAAAACUGCUCCAGCUUGCCCACCCCAAACCUUCAGUUUUCAACACUCUGCACACCAUCAAAGAGAGAAAAUGUUAAAUUAAAGACAUGUUGACACCAUGAAAGACGCUGUAUGACCAGUGGAAAAAGUGGAACUACAUAAAAACUUCUGAGACUGGAGUGUCCAGCAAUGUACGCCCACAUUUUCUCUUCCACAUCUCUGCCAACAUGCCCCGUGGGUGUUUAUGGAUAUGCUGCAUCAACCACUCAGUGGACAGACAACAAAGGGGCCCCAGUUGGAUUGAUGAUAAGACGUUGCCAUGGUGACAAGCUUGAUUGACAUGAUACUACAUAGGGGACGGGGUGAGAAUAUAAAGAAGGAGCAGGGGUGGACAGACAGGCAAGUGGAUGAAGAGAUACUUUGAAGAACUGCUGCUUCUUACCAUCAACUAGCUUUUCAAGCAAAAUACUAAGCACAUGAUCUACCUUUCAAAUAUAUUAGAUA